CUGCCUCUCCUGGAGCCUUAUAACCAGACGACUGUUCUUCAGACGCACAUAUCCAAGAAACGCACUGGACUUGAGCACAGUUACGAGCCCGGAGAGCAGACAGAAAGCAACCUGACGGAAUAUAAACUGUUCCCAUUUGUUUGUUUUCCUCCGAGAGAAGCAUCUUGGUUGAGCGAAGAAGACAUGGAUUUUUUGAACCACAACUACUUGAGCGCGCGCACCUCCUACGAUUACACCUUCAAUUUUUGGAAUGACUAUCUCGGCCUCUCCACGCUGGUCACCAAGAACAACAAGCACAGCGUCCCCCAGAGUCCAAACUCCAUCACGGAGUCCCUGAAAGCCACUCUGGGCUUGGACGACAGCCCUCCGUGCCCGUGCGUAAUCGCGGCCGCGGGCGACGGCGACAGCGGAGGACACCUGGAAUCCUGCUGCUGCCCCCCACCCGCCUCCGUCUCCAUCCUGGACCUGAAAGAGCGCUUCUCCAUCCUGAGCCCCUUCCAGAACCAGAACCAAGGCACGAGAGGGCUGCUGUCCUCCUCCCAGGAGCGGGAGAUGGGCAUCGGAGGGAGCUUCGCAGGAUUCGAUCUGUUCGGCGUGGAGAGAAAGAUGAGGAAACCGGCCGCGCGCAAUAAGCAGGAACCCAAGAUCUGCGUCUUCUGUCGGAAUAACGGCGCGCCGGAGGAGGUGUACGGCUCGCACGUCCUGAAAACCCCGGAUGGGAGGGUGGUGUGCCCGAUUCUGCGGGCGUACACGUGCCCCCUAUGCAGUGCCAACGGGGACAACGCGCAUACAAUAAAAUACUGCCCUCUCUCCAAAGACCAGCCUGCCCAGAGAGUGCUGAAGGGAGGCAGAGCUGUGGGUGGUAAGCGAGUGAAAAUCUUCUAAAAGACUCCUAUACUUACAUGUAUUGCACUGAACAUUUUCUUUCAGAUGACUGUUCUGAUUGACUUGCUUUCCGAGUCUUAACUACUAGGCAAACAAAUAAGAUGAUAUCAAUGUUUUGU